AUGGCUGCCAGACCACCCGCUCUUGAUGUCUCGCGCACGCACAUUGUCGCAACACUCUUCUACAAGGUCGACAAGCCACACAAUGCUCUACUGCCCGAUCAAGUUCCACACACCCCGCAGGAUACCAUUCCUGCCGCCUCUCUGGAGACGCUGAGAGAUGGCGCCUCGCCGACUAAGAAUCUAGAGGCCUAUCCUCUCGAGCCACCAACACAAGGGCCUGAUGCGCUCGAUAACCUGUACGGCAGCUACAUCAGCCAGAGCUGCCUGAGCGACUUCACCACCACACUGUCCAGCAUCCUCCCCGCACUACAAUCAGAAACAGUCACGAACCGCAAACUCGAGCGAAGCAACCACUGCCGUGUUGUCGAGGUCGCAUUUCCCCUUCCCGGUGCUUCAACCGUGUCUCUCGAAACCCUCCGCCGUCACGAAGCCAUCUCCCGCUUCGAGCUCGAAUGGAACGUCGAGUGCGUCUUCCAAGCCGAUACAAUUCACCGCCGCUAUAAGCGCCUCGCCGUCUUUGACAUGGACAGCACGCUUAUCCAGCAAGAGGUCAUUGACGAGAUCGCUUCGCUGAUUGGAGUGGAGAAGGAAGUCUCGGCCAUUACAGCAGCAGCAAUGAACGGCGAGCUAGACUUUGAGGCAAGCCUGCGUGCGAGGUGCAAGUUGCUCAAGGGUGUUCCCGCUACCGUGUUCGAGACGCUCAGGCCGAGGAUCACACUCAACGAGGGCGUCAAGGAACUGAUCACUGCACUGAAGAGAUUAGGAUUCAAGACGGCCGUUCUGAGUGGUGGAUUCACACCGCUGACCGGGUGGAUGGGACAGCAGCUUGGACUGGACUACGCAUACGCAAACCACCUGGUGGUUUCCGAUGACGGCCAGACGCUUACUGGUGAGCUUACGGGCGAGAUCGUGCACGCGCAGAAGAAGCGCCAGCACGUUCUAGAAAUAUCGCAGAAGGAGGGCAUACUGCUGGAUCAAGUCGUCUGCGUCGGCGACGGCGCUAACGACUUACCCAUGAUGGGCGUCGCCGGCUUGGGUGUGGCUUUCCACGCAAAGCCCAAGGUCCAGCUGAUGGCGCCUGCGAGGCUGAACACGAAGAGCAUGCAGGAUCUCCUCUACUUGUUCGGCAUCACCAAGGAAGAGCAGGACGAGCUGCUGAGGUAG